CCACCUUUAUCGCCCUAUCUGACUGGAGGUAUCUAUGUAUCUACGCAUCACCUGCAAACAUCGCGAACGCCAUCCCACGUCCCCCCACUCAACCCAAAUACAGAACAUCAAGAGAAAAAAGUAAUAAUAACACCACAACCUCCACAAUCAGGGUCAUAACACAGCCCUCGGUAGUUCCUUUCAGGGCUUGGAUUUCUCUCGGUUCCUGACUUCUCCUAGCUAUUCAUGCAAUGUGUACCCUUUACGCGCCCAAGCGAGCCCCUGUCGUGCUGAAGCUAUCGUAUUCGCAUCUGUGACACCCCCGAUUCGACAUGUCCAUAGAUGCAUGUGUAUACACAUAUGCCCAUGCAGGGCCUCACUUCGAGCGUGGGACCCACCCGCUUCCGGAAUCAUGGGAAUUUGCACGUAUUUGUAACGCCGUGCAUGGAGAAAUAUCGAUAGCGGGAGCGUUUUAGGUGGGUGGGUGAAUGAGAUGCGCGAGGGCCCUGCUACCCGCUUUUUGGGUCGCGAUGACUCGGUUGGGUGGUAAGGGAUGUUUGUGAUUGUGAUGAAAUAGAUACGCAGACUUUCUUUUUCCCCCUCUCAGUUGGAAUGGAAAGGGAAAUGGAUGGACGGAUGCCCUGCUUUUCGCGUCCCGAUUUCUGGAAAUGUUUCUGAUUCUCAAAGAUUGGUAGCUGACGAAUUAUGGUGUCGAACGAGCGAGCGGGGAUAGCUGCUCAUGAUAUUGACGUAUAUGAAGUGAAACAGACUGGUCUGCUAUGGCCUAGUUUCCACUCACCACGCGUAUUGACGAGGCCUUUGACCCGAACUCGCGCCCCCAAUAGCUCAGAACACCUUCCUCGUUCCUUUUUCACGGCUUCGUUUGGCGGGAAGGGAAGGGCUGAUGCGGGGCGAGUAGCCGUCUGUUCCAGGGUAACGUAGCACGAAACCUGUCAGUCCCUCGUUUUGGAUUGGCAGGGGGUGCGGCACGCAGCUGUCUUGGGAGUUUUCUUGUCUUACAUUCUGUCUCUUUUUUCUUCGCUUCGGGUCGGUUCCGGGCCUUGGGAUCGGCGUGCUUGAUAUAGAUAGGGUUGGCGUGGGACUUUGCGAUCGGGACGUAUCGGUCUUUUACUAUUGAAGGGUCGAUUUGAUGAUUGAAUGGGCCCCGUUCGAUUCUUUCUCUUUGUCUAUGUAUACACAUGUGUCUAUCUGCUCGCGUUUUUCGGUUCUUUGGUACUUUUCUGUUACCUCUUUCGAGCUUUCCUUUGCUUGAUCGUUCGCCAUGGAUGAAGAGAAUAUGCAGUUAGCGGUAACAACUUGGGCCUUGUAUGGGGUCGGUGUGUGCCUGAUCAUCGUCAGAAUUGUUUCUCGGCUCCUCACACUUCGAUCGUUAGCGAAGCUACAACUAGAUGACUGGCUCAUGAUAAUUGUUGUUGCACCUUUCACCGGGAUCGUCAUAUGCGCAAAUUUCACAUUACCAAUACAUGCAUCAGAAAGAACGAAUGAAAUCGAAAUAGUCCGGAGCUUGAAAAUGCGAUUCACACUCGAAGUGCUGCAGAUCACCACGAAUUGGCUAGUGAAAGCUUGCUUGCUGAUAUUAUACUGGCGCAUCUUUCCAGCUUCUACGAACAAGAUUCAGCGGCGAUAUUUCUUCUGCAUAGCCAUUUUGUGCUUGAUUUCCUUCAUCGCCAUCCAAGGUCUCCUUCCUGUUUGGUGUCGGCCAAUGCACCACUACUGGAAUACAACUCCCAUCAAACUACAAUGUGCAACCUAUCGAAAUCACAGCAUAACGACUUUGGCCCUCGGCACCUUUACAACCCUUGCACUUCUCCUUCUGCCUGUCCCUCAUAUUCCUACACCACGCACAUUCCUCCUGUUCACACUUCUCUUUCUGGGCACGAUUGGCUGCAUCACCGGCGUUCUAGGUCGAUACUACGUCAUUAAAAACCACUCAUCUUCAAAGUAUCUUCUAUGGUACGUGGCCGAGACUACAACAUUAAUCGCAUACGCAAACAUGCCGUUCCUCAGCUCGCUUCUCAGCUCUAGCGGAGCCAGUUAUCGGUAUGUCAGUCAAAAUUCCUUGAGCCAGUGGCCACGCUCAUACAAAGACGGACCACUGAAAUGGGGUGCGAGACAAAGGUUGGGGAGUGAGGUGGAGGAAGGAGAAGUCCGCGAGAUGUCGCGUGCGCAACGACAUCACGAGGGAAGCGUGGAUGAGCAUAGAAUCUCUGUAUCGAAGAAUGACGAUGAGGACGGCGCCGAGUGUUCUGUCGCGGUGCCGCAGGUUGUGGUGCGCAAGUUGUCGCUCACGAGUCCGCCACCGGAACUGGAGGCAUAUUGGACUGCGCGAAGGGUUUCAGUGCGUGGGGUGAAACUGGGGGAAGGAGUGCAGGAGGUGCGGGUGAAUCGGUGA